CGUGACCUGAACAACUCACGUGAUUCUCCUGUGAUCAGAGGAACCUGAGGUUGGAGUUUAACAAGGAAUUUACCUCCUGGCGAGAGAGUGAGAGGGUUCCUGUUUCACACUCUGCAGCCAGGCAUUUGGCCUGGUUCAGUCUGCAUUCGAAUUCACUGAAGAUAGGUCUGGCUGAGGGAGGUUCUGUGGAGGUGACGCUGCAGAAAGGUGGCACUAACAUCACGGCUUCGACCAUCUGCAGACAGCUCUGGUUCAGCUGAGAAACUACAGUGAAUAUAGCAAGCCUUGCACUGGGAGCAGUCAAGGGGGAUGAGGUAGCAGAAUGGGAACAAACUACACCGAAGCUUUCUCCGUCGCACUGAUCGAUGCGGCGUUUGACAAAGAUGAGAGUGUCCGGCAGGAGAUCUCUCAGGCUCUUCGGGAGCUCGGUUGCAGCCACCCUCGCCUCGUUCUUCUCGCUUGUCACUCCUACCUCAGCAAACAUAGUAAGUUGCUACAGGGCCAUCGCAUCGUCAUACUCCAUACUAUGGAGGCCAUCGUCAAGGAAACCAUCAGCCAACUGGACCAGCCCCUGGCCAAGAUGAUCAUUUCCUUGGCUUCAGAAGAAAUGACCAAGUUGAAGGAUGUUGUCCCUGACUGGCAGGGAGCAGCCAGCAAGCUGCUGGUGGCCCUGGGCUGCAGGUUCAUCAACGAGGUGAUGGAGGAGAUUUUGCAGAACUUCCAGCCGGGGGUCCUGCCCCAUUUCUUUGUGGUUCAGACACUGGGCAACCUCGCCACGGCAAACGUGUAUGGCAUGGUGCCCUUCCUGACAGCCAUCUUAGGGACGAUGCUGCCAAUGCUGGGGAUGGCGAAGCAUGACUCGAUGAAAUCUGUGUUCACCAUCGCUCUGGGUCGUUUCAGUGAGAGUAUCCUGGAGUACCUGGCGAACCUGGACAAGGCCCCAGACCCCACUGUCAGGAAAGACGCCUUCUCCAGCGAGAUCUACACUUCCUACGAGAUCCUCUUCAAUGUCUGGCUGCAGCACAAGGAGGCCAAGGUGAGGGGCCAGUGCUGUCACAGCCCUGCUAUAAUGUGGAUUCCGAACUGCAGGCAAUACUCUGGCUGUGGAAAGACUGGAGACGCUAAUAUUGUUCUCGGAGCAGAGAAGGUUGAGGGCGAGAUUUCAUUGAGGUGUUCAAAAUGGACUCAUUUUGUGGAAGUAAACAGAGAAAGUGUUUCUGGUGCCAGGAGGGUGAAAUGGAUGGUGGCUCAGGUUAUCAGCGCUAUGGCUCACCAUGACUAUCUGGAGCUGGACGGAGGUGAAGCGAUGGUGGAGUUUAUCAUCCGACAGUGCGCCCUGCCCUGUGAGCCCGGGACACCCAAACCUCGCAGCUACGACCCUGAUGAAGUGACGGAUGAGAGUUUGCGGAGUAUGUGUGACAACAUCCUGCACCUGUUAACCACCACUGUCAAGAAGAUGGAGAAUGUUCUGUGGCCAUUCUUGUUGGAGUUUGUCAUCCCCCCGCAGUAUCUCAAUGCGCUGGCUCCUGUGUGUCGCAGCCUUGCAUACCUGGGAAUGAAGAAGCAGCAGCACAACAGCGAGGGCUUCCAGCUCAACAACGAGGAGAGAGACCUGCCCAAACCUCAGGCAUUGCUGACUCGGUUAAUGGUAGUCUCGGCAUUCCCAUUCCGGGGGAGGGGGCGAGGGGUCUCGGCGCUGAGGUUCCUCCAGGUUGCUGUGCCCCUUGUCCACCCGCAGCUGCUGAAGGUCUGGAAUGAGGAACUCCCUCCACUCAUUCAGUACCUGGAAGAGAAUUCCGAGGACUCUCUGCCCCAGCGACAUUGGGAGGAUAAACUGCUGCUGUUACUGUCCAAGAGCCUGGAGGCUGUCGCUCUGGGGGACAAGACGUGGAGCGGUCAGCUCAGUGAGGAGAUGACCAAACACCUCAGUAACUACGGCAACCACCCCUCUGAGAAGGGUUUCCUCUACAAGUGUGUCGGGGUGGUCUUGAGACAGACGACCGGCGUUAACGUAGUCGGGAAGCAGCUCGUGGAGGUCCUACAUUCGGUACGACACACCGAGCCCCUGGAGAGGGAGGGUGUUGCAGUGUGUAUUGGGUUCUGUGCGAAGACCCACCUGGAUGUCACUCUGGCGAAGCUGGAGGACUUUGGGAAGUCUGACAUCUUGAAGAAAUCGCCGAGUCUGUUCCAAAUUCUCAAGGACAAGUCUGAUGUGGAUGUGGAGAAAGCGAAGAGCACCCUGAUCCUGUGUUACGGAUACCUGACCUUGUACGCCCCUAAGGAACUGAUUCUGCCUCGAAUCGAGAAAGAUGUCAUCAAACAAGUCUUGAGCCACUUUAAUACAAAGGUUCUGGGGAUUAAAGUUGAGACGAAGGACCUGACCAUUAAGCUGAGCCUAAUGAAGAGCAUCUCGCUGAUUGCUCGUGCCAUCUACGCCAAUGAACAGAACGAUUCCUACAACUUCACUCGUAAGAGAGAGCUGCUGACCUACAUGCAGGAUUUGAUCAAGUUGGAGCCAAUGGAUGUUUUGCGAACUCCCAUCCGACAGCACGCCAUGAUCACAUGCUCCCACCUGCUGAAGCUGGAUCCUUUGGUGGACGAGACGGACAUGUUUGAGCUGAUCAAGACCUGCCUGGACAGCGUGUUUGGACUGCCCCCCCUCGGUAUGGACCGCUGCAAGGACGAGGCCUGUACAGACGUGAAGGAGAGAGAGAUCUUGUACACAGAAACUCUGAGCGCCCUGCAGGAGCUCCUCAAACAGAUCCUAGUACAGGACCUCACUCCUGAAGGCCUGCAGGUCAUCUUUAAGCAUGUGGAAGGUUGGAUCACCUCGAGGAGGGAUUGGGAGAGGGAGCGAGCCAUGAUUGUAACCUCCAAGCUGCUGCUGUUUUACCUGGAGAGGCUCAAUGUUCGGACGAUGGUUUCCUUCCACAAUCUGGGUGCGUUGAUUGGUCGCCUGGUCCCUCGGUGCACAGAUCCUCUGGUGACCGUACGGCAGAAUGCGCUGGAGGGUCUGUACACGCUCAUCUGCAUCCAACUGCGCUAUGCUGGGUUUGCACCAGAUCACAGCGAUGAGUGUUUGAUGCGAUUGAAAAGCCUGCAGAGUGGUCUGCACCAAUCGGACAGCAAGCUGUUGUUCCAUACCUGCUCCGAGAUUGGGCAGGUGGUAGCGAAAAGCCUGCCUCAGGACCAGCUCAGCUCACUGCUGUUCAUGCUGCUGGAGGCUCUCACUGACCCUCACCCUCACUGCUCGAGUGCAGCCUCUGUUAUCAGUAAUACCCUCAUCAGGGUCCGGGGCAGUGGCCUCUCGAACCAGAUCCCGGAGGUGCUGGAAGUGUUACACAUCCAACUACAGAUCAUUACGCAGGAGCAGGUGAAGGCUUCCGUUCUGCAGACAGUCUCUCUCCUAGCUUCACAGAAUCUCUCUGCUGUGAUAUCCAGUCUCCUCAGCUACCCGCUGCCCUUUGAUAAGCCCGCGGGGGAGAUGUGGCAGUCACUGGCAGGAGACGUGACCUUGGCAAGGAGAUCUCUGGAAUUCCUGACCGAGCGAUUGAACAAACAGUUACCGUAUGAUGAGAAAAGGGAGUCGAUGCUGCGCAAGAGCGUCACGAGGUUCGCUACUGUCCAGCCACUGGUGGUGACCUGUGCUCUGACUAAGCUGCUGUCUACAAUGGAUAGUGCCGAGGCUGUCAGUAUCCUGUACCCUUCCCUCUUCAGCUCGCUGCUCGGCCGGGUGGGCUGCACAGUAGGGGUGCGGCUCCCUAAAGACCCAGUGAAGGAGCGUCAGAACCGUCUGCCCAAGGACCUUGAUGUCUGCAGCUGCUCAGUGGAGGCUCUGAAGCUGCUGACAGUUCGAGGGAAGGACGAGGAGUUGCUGAAGAUAAUGGAGCAGGAAAAGGGCUGGGAUUUGAUGAGGAGCCCUGACUCUCAUCACCGAGGAGUGGCAGUGCUGGCCAGAGCGAUGGGUGCACAUGGAGUUACGCACCUCAGCAGUAUUGUGGAGCAGCUGACCCCCAUGCUGAGCAGCCCAUACGAGGGCCAGAGAAUCACUGCGGUCGCUUUCUUUGGCGAGUUACUGAACCACCGUGUGACCUCUGACCUGGUCCUGACUGAUACCCUGCUCAGCAGUUUGCUGCCCUGCCUCGUGGAUACGUCCAGCGUUGUCCGAAUGUUAACCAUCAGAGGUCUGGGGAAUGCUGCUGAUGGAGUUCCCCAUAAGAUCCACAAAUAUUCGACCAAGCUGUUGUCGGCUAUGAUUGCUGGCAUGGACGAGAAGGAUGAUCCUGACGAUCUGAUCACGCUGGAGGCAAUGUCCGGCCUCUCCAAGGUCCUGAAGCAACUCGAUGAGAUCAACGUGCAGCCCAUCCUGAUCAACAUCGCCCUCCGCAUCCGCCCCUUCUUCGAGAAGGAUAAGGACGCUGUGAGAGCUGCCGCUUUCACGGUUUUCGGGAACCUGUCGCGGUUUGGAGAUGGCCAAUCGAAAGCUGACUUUGUGGAACAAAUUCAUUCGAGUUUGGUCAGCCUAUUGCUGCAUCUGAACGACAGCAGUGAGGAGGUGGUGAAGGCCUGUAAAUUUACCUUGCGUUCAGUAGGCCCUUUAAUGGGCUCGGAAAGUGUCAGUGCAAUGUUACAGAAACACCUGCUGGAGGAAGCAAACCUACACUACGGAGAGUUCAUCAACGACCUGGCGAAACUCAUUAUCAGUGAUUUCCCGGAGAAGGUUAACUUCUACAUAAUGGGCAAUGUCUCCUUCUUCAAGAGCACGUGGCCUGAGAUUCGGGGAAAUGCUGUCAUGUUCACAGGGUUUCUCCUGGGCAAUCUGUCACAGGAAGAGCUUCAGUCCAUUUCUCUUGAGCAUGUGUGCACAGCGAUCAUUCUGCUCCUGCGUGAUGGUGUUCCCAGUGUCCGGAUCAAGGCAGCUGAGGCUCUGAGUCUUCUCCACGAAUUGUGAUGGUCAAUAGGAUGUGGGACGAGGCUUCUUUCUCUCCUUUCCUGCACUCGGAGACUGGUUUCCCUUGGAUUCAUGUUUACAGGAAGGGGCUGGGGGUGCACAAUGACCAAUCAGUGGCUGCAACCAAAGACUGUAGUGUGUUUGUGAAUGGCUCCAAAUGUUACAAUGUUCAACCCCCCUCCCACCCGAUACAGCCCUGGCUAUGAGAAGGUUCACAAGGUACAUGCUUCUGGGGGUGUUCACCACCUCUUCAUCACUUGCUCUUUCACACCUUUGUCUGUAUCCCCAUUUCCCUUCCAAAAACCCAAAUUCAUUCCAAUUCUAUUUAAUUCAGUCUCUACCACCAGUUCCAGAAUUGUCAGGGUAUUGACACAAUUACCUUUUUAGUUAGGGUUUUUUUUUCCCCCCACAUGUUGAUCCCAUUCUGUUGCUGGGGUGGUCCCCAUGAGAUGUCUCAUUUAUUGGAGUUACUCCUUAUGCUUCCUUGUUUGGGGUGUUUUGUUUCUUUCCCUGAAAUAGACCGAGCCUGAUGCAGCCAUGGUUCUGCUGAAGAAGCCAUCGCAGUGGCUAAGGGCCUACACCUUGUGCAGAAAAACUCAGGCAGUGGCCGGACCAAUGAAUGUGAGCAGCAUUGGCAUCCACUCCUUUACCCACAUGUUCUUUUCUAGCAUGGACCAGUGGAUGUGGCUGAUUCACAGUGAACGACUGGAUUUUUUUUUUUCCACUUCCUUCAUUUAAAGUUGCGAGUUUCUAAAAACAGUGAUCCCAAAAUAUGGUUUCAUGGAUGAAUUGUGCCUUCCAACUGUGUCACAUUUUGGCAACAGCAAUCCCAGCUUCUCCAACAGGCCAUGUGUGAUAUCUCUCCAAUCCAGAAGUGAUUGUGCAAUUUUCAUCUCUUUACUAGCCCCUUGACUCUCCAGGUUCUCUUUUUGAGAGAGUCCAGAACAAGACAGGUUUCCAGUUAGAUUGAGUAACUGUCAUGAGCACACUAGUAGUUGCUGCUCAUUUAUAAAUGAGUUUUCUGGCCUUAAGUUUGAGCUGUUUAAUUCUGAUUCACAUUGUUCUCCAUCACUUGGGCACAAAAUGCUAAUUUUUCUGUCAAAAAACAUGCCUCUCUACAGCAAAAGCAAGUUAAGAUUCAGUGAAUUCAAAUACAGAUCUGUGUAGCUGCUAAAUGACCUGUACCUAAGAUCUGGGGAUAGAGUGGAAUCUAAUUGCUACAUGAAGGUGGGCAGUAAAAACUGUAGGCUCCUAGACUAAAUAACCAUUAACCUGGCAAUGGCUACCUUCAGUAGAAGGUCCAAUCUGUGAAUGUUUGAAGCUGCUGCCACUUCGAUGGAUUGGAAGUCACCUGGGAUAGACUGCCACAUGGUUGAAUGUCAGCCUCUCAUUCUGCCUCAGAGGGUCUUUGGUUGAACUUCUGCCCUUUUCUUUUCUUGCCCUCUAACAGUCCCCAAUAAGGACUGAUGACUAGGUUGUAAUUCUCAUGCAGGGUUCUACAGCUGCCUCUUGCUGUGGUAACUUGUUUGAGAAGGAAGAAGGCAGUGUUCUGUGUUGUCCCUAUGGUUUUAGGCUUUCUGUUAAUAUUUGUUAUCCAGAAACUGAAUUUUGAUCCCAGGAGCACACUGACCUGGAUCUUAACUUUUCACUGCCAGUGCAUCAGUUUCAACAUGGCAUAGGACCUGCAAGAAACUGGGAAUUGGCACAAAAGCUUGUUGUCACCGAAACAGAGUUGGUGGCCAAUGCUGGUGUAGAUAUGCACACAGUGACCCUAAAGCUCAGGUACAGCAGUGAUGCUGGCUGCCUGCUGGAUUGGAGAUUCCAGGAACUAAUUCUAAUAGUUCAGCGAGGCUUACACCCACCAACCCCCCUUCAUAUCACUUAAAGAUGUUACAAAUACCCAGCCUCCAUUUGUUGCAUGUUAGAUCAUCAGAAAGAAAAUUAAAGUGUUAAAAAGUGAUAUGUGAAGGCAGUUUGUUCCCUGAUUCACAAGGGAAGUGGUUUACAGAACUCCACACCUAGCAAUGGUUAGAUUCUUAAUUGCCUGGCACUGUUUUUAAAUGUGUAAAUGAAUCAAGUCUAAUAAAAUGGUAGAGAUGUCUUUAAUAAUAAAACUGCUGAAUGUAAUAUCAAUGUAAAUCAGUGGAAAUAUGGUACAUAUUAUACAAAGAUCUAAAAAUGUAUAUCUGAUUUAAAAACA